AUGUCUAGCAAGAAGCCUUGGGCCGAUGGGCCGUUUAAGCUCAUUAGUAGCACCCGUGCAGGAACCAAGAAAGGGGUCAAGACGGCAGGAGUGAACCGCAUGGCUGAGGAAAUGACCAUCAUUCACAAUCUUAUCCUCCGGAUCAUCAACACUGUCUACUUGCAGUGCAUCAACGUGGAGAAGUCGCCCAACGACGUCCAGGACUUUGUGUCGUACGCGAUAGAAUGGAGCAAGAUGGUGGAGGAGCACCACGAAACCGAAGAGACGGAUGUUUUCCCCGAGAUUGAACAGCUGGCCGGCGUGCCGGGGCUGAUGCGGGCCAACGUCGCGCAGCACGAAGCUUUCCACGACGGCCUGCACGCGUACAUGGGCUACUUGGACAAGGUCCAAAAGGGCGAAGAGGCGUACAGCGGAGAGAAGCUCAAGGGCAUCAUCGACUCGUUCAUGCCCGUCCUGCGGGAGCAUCUCAGCGAUGAGAUUGACUCGCUGCUUAGGCUGAACGAGUACGACCGCAACUGGGAUGAGUGGUAUGAGAAGCUCAUGAAGAAGCUGCUCGGCAGAAUGGGUGAUGCCAAGCUCAAGUCCAAGCUCUCCCAGGAGCAGCUAGCUGAACUGCAGAAGUCCACCCAUUUCGACAAGAAGGAGUUGCAGCAAUGGUACAAGGGCUUCCUCAAGGAUUGUCCCUCGGGCAUGCUCACCAAAGAAGAGUUCCAGAAGAUAUAUAGGCAAUUCUUCCCCUUCGGUGAUCCAAGUUCAUUUGCAGAUUAUGUCUUCAACGUCUUCGACAGCGACAAGUCGGGUAGUAUCGACUUCAAGGAGUUUAUCUGCGCCCUCAGUGUUACCAGCCGAGGCAAGAUGGAGGACAAACUCGACUGGGCCUUCCAGCUGUACGACAUUGAUGGGGACGGAAAGAUUAGCUACGAUGAGAUGCUCAAGAUCGUCGAGGCAAUCUACAAGAUGGUCGGCUCCAUGGUUAAGCUCCCUGAAGACGAAGACACUCCCGAGAAGCGCGUACGGAAAAUCUUCCGCAUGAUGGACAAGGACGAGAACGGCAGCCUGGACAUGGAGGAGUUCAAGGAGGGAAGCAAACGUGACGAGACCAUUGUGUCGGCACUGUCUCUCUACGACGGCCUGGUGUAG